UAGACAGGACGCGUUAGACACGCCUGCCAUACAACUCGUGCUUCAACCACUCCUCGGAGAGGAAUGGAGAAACAGAGCACGAAUAAAGGCGUGGAAACGCCGCCACCUAUAGAUGAUCUUGAACAGAAUGAACCCUCCGCAGAGGAUAAUCUGCUGGGAGGCUUCGAUCCUUUACACUCGCCGUGCCACCCUUUCUUCAUCAGCCGUGAUAUCUUUGUACGUAUACUAUGUAUAAUAUUUUUUGUAUCUUUCCUUGGACACUACAACCAAGAUCCAGGACUUAUCGGAGACCAUGGUGUGUGGCCUGCAAGGGAGCAUUUAACGGAUGCCUCCAAUGAAACGGGCUUCACGAUGUUCAACCUCGCAGGGUUUCUGCCUAAUAACGAUGUAUACAUCUGUGUGUUGGCAAUUGUAGGUAUGAUACUCAGUCUCGUCAUGUUGUGUACGCAUAUGGCCGGAACAUGGAUGUGUUUGGCAUUAUGGCUGAUCAAGCUCGCGCUCAUCACCAUGCGAUCUACGCUGCCCAAGCACAACAUCGACCUGCUGCUACUGGAAGUUGGAUUCUUAGCAGCAUUGUUGUAUUCACCGUUCGCUUUCUUUGGAUAUGAACACAAGGAAUGGGGAGUGCCGUCAACGUCAAGAUGGUCGUACUACUUCCUCCUAUACAGAGGAAUGUUCUGCGCCGGUGUCGACAGGAUUCGCCAAGGUGAGGAUCCCACGGAAGCUGGAAGCGAUGACCUGAAGAAUCUUAUGGAAGCAAUACCGUUGUCAUCAACAAUUACGCAAAUGGUAUACGACUUUCUAUCAGGGUCAUCAGUUCUCACUACCAUCAUCAGUAGUACACCCCUUUUCGUUGAGCUUGUGGCUUCAGUGUCACUGAUCAUACCUAUAAGGAAAUGCAGAAUUAUCGGAGGUUUCGUGGCACUAUUCUAUACACUGUUCCUGGGAUGCGUAAGUGAAAACGGUAGCUAUUACCUAUUACUGGCAUCAACCUCUAUAUUGUGCUUCGACGAUUACUUCUGGGAAGAAAUCGGUUGCGGAUUCCUAAACAGUCUUGUCAAGCACGAAGCGGAACAUACACUAGAGGAUCUAGCAGAAAGUAGACAGGAUGAUGAAAGCGCACCAAUACCAGAUUCCAACUCGAUACCGAUGACCACGCCACAAUCGCUUAAGGAAACUAUAAUUAACCUGUUGACAUAUAAGCGCGAGAAGCAAUGGCUUGGGAAGACGUUGUUCUCAAGAGACUCGUUCGGUAUCGAGAUGACAGAAGGCAACUAUCACAAAUGGCAAAGGGCUAUACAAGUUAUACUCAUAUGUGGUAUCUCCAUGUUCGUACUGGAUAUCAUGGUAGAACGUAAUAGCCAUGGAACUAAUGCAAUCGUUGUUUUCUUCCUUUCAUUGCUGUUGCAGGUACAGUGUAACGUACUCGGUACGCGUUCGUCAUAUCUCAAAGUAGCAGGAACGUUGUUUGCGAUACAUAUGUGGCUAGUGAUAGAAAUGAUGAUAGGCGGCGUACACUGGUGGAACGCACUGUUGUGGAUAGGUACCGCAGAACUGCAACUUGGUUUAUGCAACUCCAAGACAAACUUCUACACAGUGGCUAACCUUAUGAUACAGUCGGUACUAGGUCUUAUAAUCUUGUACUAUGCCGUGCCAGUUGUUAUCUUGUCGCUUAAAAGUAAAGCUAACAAGGCAUCGAUCAUGGCGCCAUUCGGUAUCGUCAACAGAUAUGAUAGCUCAGAGGUCAUUGGAGAACGUGCUCCAGAUGUUAUCAUCCAGGGUACCAGCGAUGAUAUAGUUACCACCGGAACAAAAUGGAAGUCAUACGGGUUGCAUACAGUACCAACAGACCCUGAUUCGUUGACAGUUAAUAACGGAGGGUACGUAUAUGAAAUAGACAACCUGCUCAGGGAUGUGGCCAAAAAGCAACAAGGAGAACAAGCUACAGUAAUGCCAAGAUUCUUGCUGUCGUUGCUUAGAGCCCUGUUGCUAAACAAGCCUGCUGCCUUAGGGUUGUUCGCAACUAACCCUUUCAGAGAGUCGCCACCCAAAUACGUCAGGGUAAUACAAUACAACUAUACCAUAUCAGGGGCACGUGGGAAACCAUGGCACAUCAGAAGAAAACGUACCCAAAUCGUCCCGCCACUCACAUUAAGGGAGGCAUCUGAAAUUACUACAGAAAAAGAAACAAGUGAAACUAAACAAGAAGAAAAACAAACAGAUACAGUUGAAACUAACCAUGUUGAACAUGGUAAAGAAACUAAACAUUUAAAAGGAUUGCAAGAGGAGGAUAAGAGCUCACUGGGUGAAGCACAAUCCCCCGUUCACCAAGUAAUCCAAGAAAUAUCUGCAAACAACAGACAUAGUGGUACCGCACAGCCAGUGGCUUGAGCGUCGAACCACAAAUAAGCAUCAACACAGGU